UGUCAGACAUCAUUCCAGAUAUAUAGAGUUCAGUGGUCAGAAGUCAGAUGCCCAUUUUGCGUUGACUUUAUUUUAUUCCUAUAAUGAGAAGAGAUAAUUCUGUAAUUGAAUAUAAUUAUUAAAUAUAUUUAGUAAAGAAUCAGUUUUAUUAAACAAAAAAUUACAAAGAAAGUAAAUUAUACUUUUUUCAAGAAUUAACAAAUCCAGAUUUAUCAAAGCAGAUUGACAAUGCCGGUUGAUGAGAAAACGUUUUUUAAAUGGAUUAUUCCAGACUAUUGCUAUGCACGCACUAAAGUAAUGAAAAGUCAGUGUUUCAAAAUGAAGCAAAAUCCACAAAUUACUUGGUACACAGCAUUAAGAUAUGUUGGUAAUAAUUCAUCACCAAAAAUACAAUUUUGCUUACAUCUUGAUAAUACAACCUCGUUGGGUACUGAUAUUGUUAAUUUUUGUACAUCCCUCUCAAUUCUCGACUCAUCAAAUCAUCCAGUAUUUACUCUAAGCAGAAUGGUUUCCUUUAAUAAAAAUAAUAUUAAUGAGAUUGAAGUGUCCUUUGGGGAUUUGCAAUUUUCUAUUAUAAAGAAUUAUUUCGUAAAAAAUGAAUUAAUAUUGUUCUAUAAAAUAGACAUGUCUUACAAAUCAAACAUUCAACAUUUACAAUUACAAAAGGAUGAAUUUUUCAUUACUGUAAAUAAAUUCAACACAGUAACUCUCCACAUAGGAAAUAAAACAAUAAAUGCUAAUAAAGAAAUGCUUAAAGCAAAAAGUUUAGUUUUUAAUAAAAUGUUUUCCAUUGAUAUGGAAGAAUCAGUUACAAAUGAUGUUAACGUUAUUGAUAUUGACUAUGAUGUUUUCGUCGAAGUUUUGCGUUUUAUUUACACUGGAAAAAUAGGAAAGUCAGAUAAUUUGUCUAUGAAAAUUUUGAAAGCUGCUCACUUUUAUCAAAUCACUGAUUUAAUAACUAUUUGCGAAGAAAUUUUGUCAAUAAAUUUAAAUUAUGAUAAUGUUAUUGAUGUUUUAAUAAUAGCAGAUAAAUGUAGCGUACAAUUAUUGACAAAUACCUGUCUUCUAUUUAUUAUUCAACAUUUUAAAAAACUUCAAGGAUCUAAAAAACUAAAAGAUUUACCUUAUUCCGUGUUACAGGAAUUCAUCGUUAAUUUUAAAUUAACUGAUUGUGAUUAAUUUUUUUUGAUUGAACAUUUUGUUUUAUAAUUUUCUUAUUUUU